AUUGAUUCCCGCUUCAGAUAUUGUUCGAAAUUUCUAUGGCGGAAUCAACCGUCAUGAUCUUGCUUCAGUUGAGCCCCUAAUUGCUCCUAAUUGCGUCUACGAGGAUCUUGUUUUUCCUAGCCCCUUUGUAGGUCGCAAGUUUUUAGGUAUCAGACUGCACUGUAAAUCAGACUGAGACAUGCUAGAAGCUUGUGUGGGUAGUUUAAGUCAUUUAAGAUUAUCUCUAUUAUUCACAGAUCCGUAGACAAACACUAAUUGCUUGUAGAUUUUUUUUCUUGAAAGACAAGGAAAUUUUAUUGUCUCAAUUUCCUACAAGGUUGCAGGCAAAGUUCCUGGAGGUCUUAGAGAAAUAGAUGGAAACCAUAAAUUGAGAUUGUUAUUUCGCCAACUCCAUUUUAUCAUGUACUCAUUGACAAUCAAAGUCUCAAUUUAUAAUGGAAUUUGAGUCUAUCCUGGAGUUCUUCGGGAAGUUUAUCGAUUAUGUCAGCACAGAUUUGCAGUUUGUGAUUGAUGCUAUUUCUGAGGAAGAUUCAACAACUGUUGGUGUGACGUGGCAUUUGGAAUGGAAGGGAAGACCUUUUCCAUUCAGCAAAGGUUGCAGCUUUUACCGAUUGGGUAUAAAGAAUGGCAUUCGACAGAUAAUUUAUGCCCGAGAUAGCGUGGAACCUGCAAUUAAACCUGGAGAAUCAGCUUUGAUUGCUAUCAGAGGUGUUACAUGGCUGCUGCAGCGAUUUCCGAAGCUUGCAGAGUGGAUAUGAUGGAUGGUUAAGGAAAUGCAAUCACCACAUUUCUUUGUAAUAUACUUGAUUUUUGCAACAAUUUGAUGGAAUCAGAGUGCACACUACUAUAAGCAACUCCUUGAAUGUUGUAUACGUAAUUAGGUUUGUUAUUGGCCAUAUGAUAACCAUAAUUUGUAUCAUUACUAAGUGAAUUGUGAUGUUGAAACCUCUUGAUCUCCUAUUCUCCUUUGUAUAUGCAUAUUGUAAUUUCAUUUGUAUUUUGUAUUGCUUAGUACAGUAGUUCAUGAUUGUAGUGGAAACCGCUGCAAGAAUUUGUAAAUACAUCUGGGAUCUUCUACUAACUAUAUUAUUGUGUUGCAAAUGCAAAUAUUGUUCUACA